AUAUAUUUUCGCGGAAAUGCCAAAGAGCUAACGGCUCCCACACGUGGAGGAGCCAGUUUGUUAUAUUUUCCUGUGUAAACAAAUGCAAAUCGUUUCAAGAAUUGGAUAAAGUUUUUUAUUAAAUAGAAACUUGUUCUCUGGCUGAGCCAUAUUCUAGAGGAACCUCAUGUAAAAACGUCGGAAACUAGGGAUCGGAGCUAAACAUUCACAAUGGUGCGGCACAAUAAUCAGUUGCCGGAUAAUCUUCCUCAGUUGCAGAAUCUCAUCAAACGUGAUCCAGAGUCUUACAGAGAAGAAUUUUUGCAGCAAUAUCGUCAUUACAAAUCAACCUUAGAAGUUUUUGCUUUCACUCCGGAUAAAUUCAACAAAAGUCUCGAUGAACUGGUUAUGUUUUUGGCGCAGGUCGCGCAUUGUUAUACCGAGGACUUGACGACGUUUCCACAAGAGCUCAUUGACAUCCUUAAGGGAAAGAACACUGUUUUGGACAGUGAGAUGCGAAUGACUUUUUGUCGUGCGCUAAUUCUUCUCCGAAACAAAAACCUUUUGGAACCUACGGCUCUGCUGAGUCUCUUCUUCGAGCUGCUUCGUUGCCAAGACAAAGCUCUUCGUCAGUUCCUCGAAACUCACAUCAUCACGGACAUCAAGAACGUGAACGCAAAGCACAAAAAUGCCAAAGUCAACACUGUUCUCCAGAACUUCAUGUUCAAGAUGCUCAAAGAUACGAACGCCAGGGCAGCAAAGAUGUCCGUGGACAUCAUGAUCGAGCUGUACAAUAAGAACGUUUGGAACGAUGCCAAGACAGUCAACGUUAUUGCUACCGGUUGCUUCUCCAAGUUCACCAAGGUCAUGGUGGCGAGCCUCAAGUUCUUCCUGGGAACUGACCCAGAGGAGGAGAGCGAUGACAGUAGCAGCGACGACGAGCCGACUAUGAAGGAGGUGAUGAUGGCGAACAAGGUUAAUAAGAAGACGAAGAAGAGAGAAAAGCAACUGAAGAAAGCGAAACAGCUGUUCGUGAAAUCGAAAAAGAAGAAGUCGAAGGCUCCGCAGUUCAAUUUCUCGGCGCUUCAUUUAAUUCACGAUCCUCAAGGCUUAGCUGAGAAGCUUUUCAAACAGUUGGAAAAGAACAAUGACCGAUUCGAAGUCAAAGUUAUGACACUCGACGUUAUCUCCAGGCUCAUUGGUUUACACAACCUGUUCUUGUUUAACUUUUAUCCGUACAUACAGCGCUUCCUUCAACCACAUCAAAGAGAGGUCACAAAACUGCUCCAAUUUGUGGCACAAGCUUCACACGAACUGGUUCCUCCGGAAAUAAUACAGCCAGUUCUCAAGACCUUGGUAAACAAUUUCGUGACUGAGAGAAAUUCGGCUGACGUUAUGGCCAUAGGUUUGAACGCAGUAAGAGAAGUAUGCUCGAGGUGUCCACUCUCGAUGAACGAGGACCUUCUGCAGGAUCUGGCGCAGUAUAAAAACUAUCGUGAAAGAAGUGUCAUGAUGGCUGCAAGGUCGCUCAUUGGACUGUUCAGGCAGACGAUGCCCGACUUGUUGCACAAGAAAGACAGAGGAAGACCCACCGAAGCGUCCGUCGCCUUAGAGCCGUUGAAGUAUGGUGAAGUUGCCGCGACGGAAUAUGUAGCCGGCGCUGAAGUUCUCCUCGAGUCUAAGAAAGAUACUUUGGAGAUCGACAGUGAGAAUAGCGAUGAUGACGACGAGUGGAUCGACGUUCAGCAUAGCAGCGAUGAGGGUGGCGAAGUCGGCGAAGGUGAAUGGGAGACUGACGACGAAGAAAAUGAAGAAGACGGCAGUGAUGACGAUGAGGAAGGCGAUGAAGACGAAGACGAAGGUAGUGAAGUAGAUGACGACGAUUCUGGCAGCGAAGAAGAUGACGAAGAUGAGGGUAGCGAUGAAGAGAAUGAAGAAGAUAGCGAAGCGAAGAAAAAAACGAUGAAUGGUAACAAGAAAGAUAAAAUCAAGGAAAAGAAAGUAAAGAAGGAGAAAGGCGAUGCCAAAAAGAAAGAAGGCGAGGAUAAACUCAAUACUUCUGAUGGCAAACCGUCGGUCAAAGUCAACGCGUUGAAGAAGAAAAAUAAGCGAUCAAAGUUGGAGAGAAAGAAGAGGAAGUUGCAGGAGAAGCUGAAGCUUCAAGAGAAACUGAAGGCACAAAAGAAAACAGAGUACACAGCAGAGAAGAAGGCAAAGGCAUCUCAGGUCUCGGCCGAGCGUUUGCUCACAGAUGAAGACUUCAAAAGAAUAGACAUGGCUCUGGUGAAGCAGCAAGUCACACACGCGAAACGAGGCGUUAAGAGACCUGCAGACGAGGAUAAGGGUAAAGGCGAGUUGGUCAGGCUGACCGACAUCGAGAACAUCUACAAGAAGCGCAAGCACGACAAGCAAGCUCGAUUGGAGACUGUCCAGAAAGGACAAGAAGGAAGGGAGAAGUUCGGCUACAAGGACGGUCGACAGAAUCCUCUCUGCAGUAAGACGAAUCGCGAAAGAAACAAGAAGAAGAACUUCCAGAUGAUCAAGCACAAAGUCAAGGGAAAGAUCAAGCGUUCUUUCAAAGACAAGCAGGUCGCGCUGAGGAAUCACUUGGUCAAGCUGAAGCGAAUGAAGUAGAGAUUUAUUUUGACAUAAUAGAGGAAAUUUUAUAGGUACAAUAAUAUUUAUUGUAUUAUACACAUCCACCCAUAUGUUGACGUUACUGUUAAAUGGCUAUUUUUUAAAAUUAAAAAAUACUUUAUAUAAGAAAAGUUUAUCUACGAA